AUGUAUUCUCCCAUCAAGCCCUACGAGUCUGGUUUUUUCCCGGGUGUGAAUUCAGAGAAACAUAAACUUUAUUAUGAGGUGAGUGGGAACAAGGAAGGCGAUCCAGUCGUCUUUCUCCACGGCGGUCCGGGGGGAGGGACAGAUGCGAAGGAUAGGCAAUUCUUUAAUCCUGAGAAAUACAAGGCAAGUAACAGUCGUGUGAUUGUCCUGUUUGAUCAACGGGGUGCAGGAAAGUCCAUCCCGAGCGCGGAAUUGGAGAACAACACUACGUGGGACCUCGUGAAAGACAUCGAGGCUCUUCGGCAGAAGCUAGGUGUUGCGAAAUGGCACGUAUUUGGUGGUAGCUGGGGCUCUACGCUCUCCCUUGCAUAUGCAGAGACCCAUCCAGACCGAGUCAAAUCGCUCGUUCUCCGCGGAAUAUUCACCCUAAGACCAAGCGAACUACGAUUCUUCUAUCAAGAUGGCGCUUCCCAUCUCUUCCCCGAACAAUGGGACGAAUACCUAGCUCCGAUUCCAGAGGCUGAACGGCAUGACAUGAUGAAGGCGUAUCACAGCCGCUUGAACUCUUCGGAUGCAAAGAUCAGUCUAGCCGCUGCAAAGGCCUGGGCGAAGUGGGAGAUGGCUACAUCAAGGUUGAUUGUGGACGCAGCGGCUAUCGCCCACGCGGAGGAAGAUGGCUUUGCAACUGCAUUUGCGCGGAUUGAAAACCACUAUUUCAUCAAUGAGGGCUUCAUGCGCGAUGGCCAACUGCUCGAAAAGCAGGAAAUCGAUAAGAUCCGUCACAUUCCAACUAUCGUGGUUCAAGGAAGAUACGAUGUCGUAUGUCCCGCGACCACUGCGUGGGCACUGAAACGCGCUUGGCCAGAAAUUACUCUGCACAUCAUUCCAGAUGCAGGGCACUCUUCGCGCGAGCCUGGCAUCGAGAAGAAGCUUGUAGAGGCGGCGGACACAAUGGCUUCCAAGGGUUUGUAGGAAUGCGAGACUUUGUGGUCGGAACAAAGGGACCCUGAAGUACGAAACUAUAUGAUGUAAGAUAUUGAAUACAUACCUCCCCAAGGGUGCGCCGCGACACCCUUGGUUGAUCCAUAGUCUUCGGGUUCGUAAUCAUGAACUGUUGGGCUGCAUCUGAUGCACCGGAGAGGCGCGCAAGAUACAGUCCCGUCACGAGAAAGCUACA